GUUCUGCAGUAUGCCACAUAUUGUGACUACUAUUCUUGUUUAAUCCAUGUACUUCCUGGUUUGAAUUAACAGCAAUUAUAAUGAAGACUGUAAGGUUUUUAGCUCUCGUGCUGCUAAAGAUUAGUGUAGGGAGUGCUACAACUACUGUUGCAGACCCAAUUGUAAAAAUGUAUACAGAGGGAGAAAUGGCAUACUUAACAUGUUCAGUAGAGUUUGAGGAAACAAUGGAGAUCUUAUCGAUUAAUUAUACUAAUGGAGCAUGUAGUCACUGUAAAACAUAUGGUGUUAGAAAUUUAUGUAAUGGCAAAACAGAGUGUAGCUUUGAAGUCAGUAACAGUAACAUUGGAAGUUCUUGUGGAGCGAAUGGAAGAGCAACAUUAGAAGUUAAAUAUAACUGCAUACGCAAUGGUGGUUGGUCUGAUUGGAACACAUCCGCUUCCUGUCCAGUAGCAUGUGGUGGGGGAAUCCGGAACGUCACAAGAACGUGCAGCAAUCCUUAUCCAAAUGCAAUAGGAAGUACAUGUACUGGUGAAGCUUUUGAUGAACAAACAUGUAACACAUACAAUUGUAUUGAUCAAACAUCUGCAUGUUUGAACGCAACAGUUAACUGGAACUGCCCAAACGGACAUAUCGAAGUAAAUAAAGCAAUAUGGGAAGCAAGUAGAUCAUGUGGCGUGGGAUAUAAUAGUUUCAUUUCACAUAACGUGAUUAAACUUAUGAAAACUACAUGUGACAACAAAACAACCUGUUCAUUUGUUGCAAAUGAUCAUAAUUUUGGAGUUUCUUGUUCUACUUCGACCUCCAGAUGUACCAUUUUUGAAUAUGUUUACACUUGUAUAAAAGCAACUUGGGACGACUGGUCAACAUGGUCAGAAUAUACAAGAUCAUGUGGCAGUGGUAUCCAGACAAGACGACGAAAAUGUUUAAACCAAAUGAAUACCACGGAUGGAUAUAUUUCCGAAUGUGAAGGAAUUGGAACUGGUUCUAGAUCUUGUAAUAUUGAACCAUGUCCAUAUUGUAAUGACAAUACUUUUCAAUAUACUUCAACCCAAUCGUCUUUAGAUCUGAAAGCAGAUAAAUCUUCUGAUAAUAUGUUUUUAUUAAAUUGGACUUAUACUCAACUCAUUAAUCCUGCCUCGUAA